UUAAAGUCAUAUGCAGAGACGAGAUUAGGCCUGACUGUCUGAGGCUGAAAUCCUGAGUGAUUAGCGAAGGGAGAGCUGCGAUGAUAGGGUUUUAAGGAGGCACAGACACAGGGGCAUGGAGUGGCUCUUCUAAUUCACUCCACCAGGGUUUCCAGGGGAGCCUCGAGGAGGGGGACGGAGUCAUUGGAGGGUCUCUGAUGAAAUGUCCUAUCUCAAACCUUCUGGGAAGGAGCUGGAGAGAUUUGACGGUCUGUCCCUUAUCUACUGGACACUAAUGGGCCCAUAUGGGAUGGACCGCACUGUGUACUGCAUGGAGUUCAAUGACUGUGCCAAUGGAUUGGGGAUUAAAGUGAUUGGAGGGGUACGUGAGAUCAGUGGAGAGGAAUAUGGGGUUUAUGUCAAACGAAUUCUCCCUGGUGGAAUAGCAUAUUCUGAUGGACGGCUACAGUCUGGAGAUCAGAUCCUUGAAGUCAAUGGAGACAGUUUGCUAGGAGUAUCCAGUGAGAGAGCAGUUGACAUUUUAAGAAUGGCCUCUGCCACCAACUACAUGAGACUCCUGAUUGCCAGGGAUGAUGAAGCAAGGAAAGAAUUCUCUAAGCUGAUGGAGAAGUAUGGCAGCUCUCACAGCGACACCGGAUCUGCAAGAAGCUCCCCCAUUAUGCAGGGAAGCAGAUAUUUGGAGAGCACAUCCUCGGAAUCUUCCUCCCGUUCCCAAAGUCCUUUGCUACUAAGUCCAGGCAGCUCUCAUGGGCAGUUCACUGGGAGUUCCAGCCUCUCCCCACACUCAACAAUGAGUGACAUAGGGAUUCAGAAUAUUUCUGUAGCUAAAUCUACUGGCCUGGGACUGGUGAUCAGUGGAGGCUUCAACCGACAAGAAGGACCAAUGGUGUAUGUGCAAGAGGUGCUUGUUGAUGGAGACUGUUCCAGGGAUGGACGUCUCAGAGCUGGAGACCAACUGGUUUCAAUCAACCGAGAGACACUGGUUGGAGUCACCAAUGAGGAAGCCAAGCGUGUUUUAGCCAGAUCCAGAUUCAGGCAAGGCAGCUGCACUGAUGUUUCUUUUGUUCCGGCUGCCGUCCAUCAUCCUGGGCUCUCUGGAGCCAACAGCGCUACCUCGUCGCCACAGAGGAUUGUGGGUAAUGGCCUGCCUUCCUGUCGACUGAAGGUCCACGUCAGGUCUCCAGAGUGUCGAAAUGAAAACCACAUGCCUUCUCCGUCCCCUGAUAUCUGUCCCCCUGAGCUCACAGUGUCAGCUCCUGUGUUGCCGCCCAACCACAGAGCAUAUACUGGCAAUAAGCAAAAGGUCACCCUGGAUCCGCAUGUUCGGCUGAAAGAGGAAAAACUAGAACUGAUCUUGCAGUACCUUGGUCUGGAUGUUUCUGAGGAGAAGAAGAAAGAGCUUCACCAAGGGCUGAUAUCAGAUUGUCAGGGGACUGUGUCUUAUGGGGAUAUUCUUCGUGCCAUGCGAGAUGGCUUACAUGAAGAACUGGAGGAGGCCAGCCUAGAUUAUAGUUCUCUGCUCUUCACGCAUUACCAAGUGGCCAAUUUACUUGACACCUCUGCAUUCCAUUCGCCUGUCACCAAGGAGAUAGAACUUCCAAGGUUCUCUGAAAGUCUGGAGUUGGAACAACUACAGGAAGAGGUGACUGAUCUCAGACAGGAGGUUAGACGAUUGAAGGUUUUGCUUAAAGAGGCAGAAAAAAGCAAGAGAGCCACAGAAGAUGAACUGCAGAGUCUGAACCAAAAGGUGCUGGGGCUGUUAUCGGAGAACCAAUGCCUGCAGAGCAAGCUACAAGUUGCAGAUCUGGCGCAACGUCAGGCUCACAGCGCGGAGCACGACUAUGAAGAAGUCAUUCACCUUUUGGAAGCUGAGAUCUCAGAGCUGAAAAGCCAAAUGAUGGGGAAGAAGAAACUGUCAUUAGAGGUCCCUGAGGGAUUGGAUCUCAACCGGCGAUUGUCUCUGUCCGACUGUCAGUUGCGCAAGUCAGAAUUAUCUCGCAGGCACUUGGAAGUUUCCAACAAGAAGCUUCUCGAUUUUGUCCAGAAAAUCCAGAAUUUUUUAAGCACUUCACUUCAGUCAAGCGAGGGGAAAAGGCGCCCCAGUCGGGACAGCAAUUGCAGCGACAGUGAUGCAAAUGUUUCAGUCCCGUCUGCAGAGUCGCUGGUCACAGAAGUCACAGACAUUCUAGAAUCCUGCACUGCUUGCCCGUAUCCAAGUACUGAUAUCCAGAGUUUCAACAGACCGGCCUACUCACCAGGAUCUUCCAGCGAGAAUAUGGUUUGGCCUUUACCUCCAUCUCCGUUCCUAGUGCAGAGCCUCAGUGGAAGUGAAGAAGAUUUACUAUGUGCAACCAAAGAACAUGAGGACAAGCCUACAGAAUAAUAACACCCAUGGCCCCCUGCUGUUAUAUAUAUAUAUAUAUAUGGACUGGGCCAAUAGUGAGGGGGACUCUAUAGGCUUCUGAUCAUGGGGUUGAAUCAUAGACAUGAAUAGGGGCUUAA